AUGGGCGCUCUCGGGACUUCCUUCACAAAUGACUCCAUCAUUCAACCAGUGGGAUUCUACAUAAUUGGAUUUACAUACUUACGGUUCGCCGAUUUAUAUUUUAUAUUCUUAGCGAUAGUCUACAUUGUAACUAUCCUGUCUAACUCCUUCAUACUGUCAAUUAUAUGGCUGGAUCACCGGCUACACACUCCGAAGUAUAUUGCGGUGGCUAAUUUAGCGAUUGUCGACUUGGUUCUCAGUACAACUAUCAUUCCCGGAAUGAUUAAAACAUUUCUCAUGAAGGAUAAUUUCGUUGCCUAUAAUGCUUGUUUGACCCAGAUGUAUUUUUACUAUUGUUUUGCGUCACUAGAGUCAUUUUCCCUUGGUGUACUUGCAUAUGAUCGACUCAUUGCCAUAUGUUUUCCACUGAGGCAUAACUCUAUCAACACAACAACUACUAUGCUCAGUAUUUUAGCAGUUGUUUGGACGUUUUGUGUGAGUAUCAUUGUAUUCUCGACCUCAAUAAUGACCAAGCUGUCUUUCUGCAAUUCUGUCAAAGUGUACAGCUAUUUCUGUGACUACGCGCCCGUGUUCAGACUAUCCUGCAAUGAUAAUUCACUGCAGUGGGCCAUGGCCACCUCUCUGAGUUUAGUGGUUUUAUUUGGACCCUUGAGUUUUAUCAUUAUUUCGUACGUAUGCAUUUUGAUAGCCGUGUUUAGAAUGAAUAAUGUGGAGAGCAGGUACAAGGCACUUGCUACGUGUACAGAGCAUCUAAUUCUAGUAGCGAUUUUCUACGUUCCAAUUUUGACGCUUUUCAUCAUUGGCUUGUUCUUAUUCAGCGUCGAUCCAGAUAUCAGAAUGGUGAACUUGUCUUUGUCCUCAUGCAUCCCACCCUGCCUGAACCCCAUUGUGUAUUCUCUGGCAACCAAAGAAAUUAGAAACAAAGUGUUGGUUGUGUUCCGAAAGGUCAAGGUAAUAGCGUGGGCGAGUGAAGCAUAA